AUGUUCCUCUUUGCCGUUAUGGUAUUCGCUGCAGGCGCUCCCAUCUUGCGGCGACCACUGAGGCUGCGGUUGCUGUGGAACACGUUCGGCUUUCUCGACUAUGUCCAGAACUUGCGUCGGCGACGCCCCUGGCUACAUCUCUCUGGCGCGAGCGUGCUGCUGGUCGCAGUGCUCCUGAGAUAUGUGAGAUGUCUCGGGGAACGGGUCUUCCUGCCCCUGUUGUUCUUCCUCCUAGCGCUGUUCACCAUCCCGUUCGUGCCCUGGCCGAGGCAGCUGAUGAAGCCGUUCUGCGUGAGCAUGUAUGCGAUGUCGCGGCCGCUGCUGAUGGUGGCGUUCAUGCUCCUCGUUCUGGUGCUCUCGAUCCGCAUGGUGAUCGAGAUGCGCAGCACGAUCCUCGACUGUGUCUUCAGGGUGGUGCGGCUGCUGAUCCACGCACUGGUGCCGACGACCCUGGUGCUCUUCUUGUGGACGGACUUCUCGGUGCUCGUCUGCAGGAUGCGCGCGUGGUACCUCUUCAUGCGGACGCCGUUCAAGACUCAGGCUCUCGUGUGCGGCCCGCUGUUCCUGCUGGCGUGGUGCUCUCCGACGGCCCGCUGGAGGUCGCCGCUGUCCCAGGUGGCGCUCCUGUUGCUCGGCAGCCAGACGUGCAAGUGGAUGAUUUCCAUGCUGGCGGUGCUCAACCUGUCCCGCCGGAUGGCUGUGUUGACGUUCCCGCACCUGACGAGCGACCUCGUGACGUUCUGUUUUGCUGCUGCGACGAUCCUGCGUACGCCGCCCCCCCAGCCCGCCUGGCCCUUCACGUCGGCGCUGCGCUACCGUGUGGUGGAGGUGCUUCGUGUCGUGGCUAUCCCGAUCAUGCAGAUGGUGUGCUCCGCCCUGAUCUUGCUGCGACGCAGGCAGACAUUU